GGCUGCUCCAGCUCCAACUCUCAUUCAUUUUGCCGGUUAACAUGAGAGAUCAUGGCCGCCUUCGGGCUUCUCAGCUAUGAGCAGAGACCGCUGAAGCGCCCCCGGCUGGGACCGCCCGACGUCUACCCGCAGGACCCCAAACAGAAGGAGGAUGAACUCACUGCUGUGAACGUUAAGCAAGGUUUCAACAAUCAGCCAGCAUUUACUGGAGAUGAACAUGGCUCAGCCAGAAAUAUUGUAAUUAAUCCGUCCAAGAUUGGAGCUUAUUUCAGCAGCAUAUUAGCUGAGAAAUUAAAGCUUAAUACUUUCCAGGACACCGGAAAGAAGAAACCACAAGUUAAUGCUAAAGAUAAUUACUGGCUGGUCACUGCUCGAUCCCAGAGCGCAAUUCAUAGUUGGUUCUCUGACUUAGCAGGAAAUAAACCACUUGCUAUUUUGGCAAAAAAGGUUCCCAUCCUUAGUAAAAAAGAAGAUGUUUUUGCUUAUUUAGCUAAAUAUUCAGUGCCAAUGGUUCGAGCAACAUGGCUGAUCAAGAUGACUUGUGCCUAUUAUUCUGCUAUUUCUGAAGCUAAAAUUAAGAAACGUCAGGCUACCGAUCCCAAUUUGGAGUGGACACAAAUAUCUACCAGAUAUCUUCGGGAGCAGCUGGCGAAGAUUUCUGACUUUUACCACAUGGCUUCCAGCACAGGUGACGGCCCUAUUCCUGUGCCUCCAGAUGUGGAGCAAGCCAUCAGGCAGUGGGAGUACAAUGAGAAGCUGGCAUUUCAUAUGUUCCAGGAAGGAAUGCUAGAAAAACAUGAAUAUUUAUCAUGGAUCCUGGAUGUCUUGGAAAAGAUCAGGCCAAUGGAUGAUGACCUUCUUAAACUCCUGUUACCACUAAUGCUGCAGUACUCAGAUGAGUUUGUUCAGUCGGCCUACCUGUCUCGUCGUCUUGCUUACUUCUGUGCCCGGCGUCUUGCCUUGCUGCUGAGUGAUAGCCCCAGCCUUCUUGCUGCCCACUCGCCCCACAUGAUGAUUGGAUCAAACAACUCAAGCAUUGGGACCCCCAGUCCAGGUCCCCCAGGCCCGGGUAUGAGCCCAGCACAGCUCGCCUUUUCUGACUUCCUUUCCUGUGCACAGCAUGGUCCUCUGGUUUAUGGACUCAGUUGUAUGUUGCAGACUGUCACUCUAUGCUGCCCAAGUGCCUUGGUGUGGAAUUAUUCCACAAAUGACAAUAAGAGCACAAACCCUGGAUCACCCCUGGAUCUGCUGCAGGUGGCCCCCUCCAGCCUGCCCAUGCCAGGCGGGAACACAGCCUUCAAUCAGCAGGUUCGAGCAAGAAUUUAUGAGGUAGAACAGCAGAUAAAACAAAGAGGUCGUGCAGUAGAAGUUCGGUGGUCUUUUGACAAGUGCCAAGAGUCAACAGCAGGGGUGACUAUUAGUCGGGUUUUGCACACAUUGGAAGUCUUGGAUCGUCACUGUUUUGACCGAACUGAUUCCAGCAAUUCUAUGGAGACACUUUAUCAUAAGAUUUUCUGGGCAAACCAAAACAAAGAUAGCCAGGAGAUUGCCCCCAACGAUGAAGCUGUGGUGACACUCUUGUGUGAAUGGGCUGUGAGCUGUAAGCGGUCAGGCAAACACAGGGCGAUGGCUGUGGCGAAACUCUUAGAGAAGAGGCAAGCGGAAAUCGAGGCAGAGAGAUGUGGUGAAUCAGAGGUCUUAGAUGAGAAGGAAUCCAUUUCCUCAGCCUCUCUUGCUGGAUCUAGUUUGCCUGUUUUUCAGAAUGUUCUGCUAAGAUUUUUAGAUACACAGGCCCCCUCAUUAUCGGAUCCAAACAGUGAAUGUGAAAAGGUGGAAUUUGUCAAUUUGGUGCUGCUCUUCUGUGAGUUCAUCCGCCACGAUGUCUUCUCCCAUGAUGCCUACAUGUGCACCCUUAUAUCUCGAGGGGACUUGUCAGUUGCUGCCUCCACUCAGCCUCAGUCACCAGCAGGAGAAAAUGCAGAUGAACACUACCCCAAGGACCAUGAUGUAAAAAUGGAGAUUUUUUCUCCCAUGCCUGGAGAGUCCUGUGAGAAUGUCAAUGCUUCCUUGGGCAGAAGAUUGUCUGUUAAUGGUGAGAAGUUGCUGAAGAGAGAGAAACCAAGGGAGUUAAUUUUUCCAUCUAAUUAUGACCUUCUACGUCACCUGCAGUAUGCAACCCAUUUUCCCAUACCUCAGGAUGAAUCUUCAAGUCAUGAAUGUAACCAGCGCACGAUCCUUCUUUAUGGAGUGGGCAAAGAGCGUGACGAGGCGAGGCAUCAGCUGAAGAAGAUUACCAAAGAUAUUUUGAAAAUCCUAAAUAAGAAGAGUACCACAGAGACAGGGGUUGGGGAUGAAGGACAAAAAGUCAGGAAGAGCAAACAGGAAGCAUUUCCAUCACUGGAAACUGUGUUCACAAAACUUCAGCUUCUCUCAUAUUUUGACCAGCAUCAAGUCACAUCUCAGAUCUCUAACAAUGUGCUAGAACAGAUAACAAGCUUUGCAUCUGGAACAUCAUAUCACCUCCCUUUGGCCCACCACAUUCAGCUCAUCUUUGAUCUCAUGGAACCAGCGCUAAAUAUCAAUGGACUAAUUGACUUUGCAAUACAGCUGCUAAAUGAGCUGAGUGUUGUAGAAGCUGAACUGCUGCUAAAGUCCUCCAGCCUGGCGGGCAGUUACACAACCGGCCUAUGUGUCUGCAUUGUGGCUGUUCUCAGGCGCUACCAUAGCUGCCUGAUCCUGAAUCCUGACCAGACAGCCCAGGUGUUUGAAGGGUUGUGUGGUGUGGUAAAGCACGUUGUAAACCCCUCAGAAUGUUCUUCCCCUGAAAGAUGCAUUUUAGCCUACCUCUAUGACCUCUACGUAUCAUGUAGCCACCUCAGAAGUAAAUUUGGAGACCUCUUCAGUAGUGCCUGUUCAAAAGUAAAGCAAACCAUAUAUAACAAUGUGAUGCCUGCAAAUUCCAACUUGCGAUGGGAUCCAGACUUCAUGAUGGAUUUUAUUGAGAAUCCUUCUGCACGUAGCAUCAACUACUCAAUGCUGGGCAAGAUCCUUAGCGACAAUGCAGCCAAUCGCUACAGCUUUGUCUGCAAUACACUUAUGAAUGUAUGUAUGGGCCAUCAGGAUGCUGGAAGGAUUAAUGAUAUAGCCAAUUUCUCCUCUGAGCUGACGGCUUGCUGUACUGUUCUUAGUUCAGAAUGGCUGGGUGUACUGAAGGCUCUGUGCUGUUCCUCAAAUCAUGUAUGGGGGUUCAAUGAUGUACUUUGCACUGUAGAUGUGAGUGACCUUUCAUUCCAUGAUUCAUUAGCUACUUUCAUUGCUAUUCUGAUAGCACGACAGUGUUUCUCCCUGGAGGACGUCGUGCAGCAUGUGGCACUGCCCUCUCUCCUAGCUGCAGCUUGUGGAGAUGCCGAUGCUGAGCCUGGGGCAAGAAUGACAUGCCGACUCCUGCUCCAUCUCUUUCGAGCUCCUCAAGCUUGCUUAUUACCUCAUGCAACUGGCAAACCUUUUCCAGGAAUAAGAUCAUCUUGUGAUAGACACCUCUUAGCUGCUGCUCACAACAGCAUUGAAGUGGGAGCUGUGUUUGCUGUCCUAAAAGCUAUUAUGAUGCUUGGAGAUGCCAAAAUUGGCAACAGCAAUGUCAGCUCUUUAAAGAACGAUGACUUCACCAUGAGGGGUUUACGACGUGAUGGGAAUGCUGAUGAUAUCUGGGCUGCUUCACAAAAUUCAAAAUCCUGUGGAAAAAGCAUUUCCAUAGAAACUGCCAAUUUAAGAGAAUAUGCUAGAUAUGUACUGAGGACUAUCUGUCAACAGGAAUGGGUAGGAGAACAUUGUUUAAAAGAACCUGAAAGACUAUGCACAGACAAAGAACUUAUAUUGGACCCUGUGCUUUCAAAUAUGCAAGCACAGAAAUUACUGCAGCUUAUCUGUUAUCCUCAUGGCAUUAAAGAGUGUACUGAGGGAGACAACCUGCAAAGACAGCACAUUAAACGCAUUCUCCAGAAUCUUGAACAGUGGACACUAAGGCAGUCUUGGCUAGAACUUCAGUUAAUGAUCAAACAGUGCUUGAAGGACCCUGGCUCUGGUUCGGUGGCUGAAAUGAACAACUUACUGGACAAUAUUGCAAAGGCAACAAUAGAGGUAUUUCAGCAGUCGGCCGACUUGAACAAUAACUCUUCUAGUUCUAGUGUGGGCCUCUUCAACCCAAAUGGUAUCGGCAAUACUGAUAUAAAUAGCAUGAGACAGAGUGGAAUAAAGACAUUCCUAAGUUCCUCUGAACGCAGGGGUGUAUGGCUGGUGGCCCCUUUGAUAGCCAGGCUGCCAACUUCUGUGCAAGGAAGAGUGUUGAAGGCUGCUGGGGAGGAGUUGGAGAAGGGGCAGCACUUAGGGUCUUCUUCAAAAAAAGAACGAGACAGACAAAAACAGAAAAGUAUGUCUCUUUUAAGUCAACAACCUUUCCUCUCACUGGUCCUUACCUGCCUUAAGGGACAAGAUGAACAACGGGAAGGCCUCCUGACAUCUCUCCAGAAUCAAGUUAAUCAGAUUUUAAGUAACUGGAGAGAGGAACGAUAUCAAGAUGAUAUGAGAGCACGGCAGAUGAUGCAUGAAGCAUUGCAGCUCCGUCUGAAUUUGGUGGGAGGAAUGUUUGACACCGUGCAGAGGAGCAGUCAGUGGACAACAGACUGGGCACUCCUCCUCCUGCAGAUCAUCACUUCUGGAACCGUCGACAUGCACACUAACAAUGAUUUAUUCACAACGGUUCUUGAUAUGUUGGGUGUUUUAAUCAAUGGGACGUUAGCCUCUGACCUAUCUAAUGCAUCUCCAGGAGGAUCUGAAGAGAACAAACGUGCAUACAUGAAUUUAGUAAAAAAAUUGAAAAAAGAACUAGGAGACAAAAGGUCAGAAAGUAUUGACAAAGUUCGACAGUUGCUACCUUUGCCGAAACAGACAUGUGAUAUCAUCACUUGUGAACCUAUGGGCUCCUUGAUUGACACAAAGGGAAACAAAAUUGCAGGAUUCGACUCAAUAGAUAAAAAACAGGGUCUCCAGGUCUCUACCAAGCAGAAGGUGUCUCCUUGGGACUUAUUUGAGGGUCAGAAGAACCCGGCACCUCUUUCCUGGGCCUGGUUUGGCACAGUGCGCGUGGACCGGAAGGUGGUCAAGUAUGAGGAGCAGCAUCACCUGCUUCUCUAUCACACACACCCCAUGCCUAAGCCCCGAAGUUACUACCUCGAGCCACUGCCCCUCCCUCCUGAGGAGGAAGAGGAAGAGCCCACAUCUCCCAUCUCUCAGGAACCAGAGAGGAAAUCAGCUGAGCUGUCUGAUCAGGGAAAACCCACAACAGAUGAAGAGAAGAAAACCAAAGGAAGGAAGCGCAAGACAAAAUCCAGCUCAAGAGUGGACGAGUUUCCACAAAGCAACAUAUACCGAGUGCCUCCUAAUUACUCACCGAUUUCCUCUCAGAUGAUGCACCAUCCACAAUCUACCUUGUGGGGCUACAAUCUCAUGGGUCAGCCCCAGCAGCCUGGCUUCUUCCUUCAGAACCAAUCUCUUACUCCAGGUGGCUCCAGAUUGGACCCCACGGGCUCCUUUGUCCCAACUAAUACCAAACAAGCUCUGUCGAACAUGCUGCAGCGGCGCUCAGGUGCCAUGAUGCAGCCACCUUCUCUGCAUGCAAUCACAUCCCAGCAGCAGUUGAUACAGAUGAAGCUUCUGCAGCAGCAGCAGCAGCAGCAGCAGCAGCAGCAGCAGCAGCAGCAGCAGCAGCAGCAGCAGCGGCUCCUUAGGCAAGCCCAGGCUCGACCUUUCCAACAGGGCCAGCCAGGGGACCAAGCUGCUCUUUUUGCUGCACAAGCUCGGCCUGCCCCUCAGCUCUCUCAGUACCCUGGGCUCCAGCCAGCACAGGCCAUGUCCCAGGGCUACACAAUGUAUGGAACACAAAUGCCUUUGCAGCCAAACUCACAGCCACAGACUGGAAGCUUGGUCCUGUCUCCCAGCUAUAACUCCAGAACCUAUCCAGCCACGCACUCCAGCCCAGCUCUGAUGGAAAGACUAAGACAGAUGCAGCAGCAGCCAAGUGGCUAUGUUCAGCAGCAGGCAUCGCCAUACUUGCAGCCCUUAUCCAAUUCUCAGAGACUGAACCAUCAGUCCCUUCAGCAGAGCACUCUGGUGGGUGGAGGAAUUGAGGCGGUGCUGACUUCCGCACAUCCCAGCCUUCCCUCAGUGCCUCUACCUCAGGAACCCAUGAGGCCCAGGCAGCCACAGGUUCGACAGCAACAGAGGCUCCUCCAGAUGCAGCAAGCCCAGCAGCCCCCGGGGCCCCCGGGGCCCCCGCAACCCCCGCAGUCCCAGCAGCCCCAGCAGCCCCAGCAGUCCUCACAGCCCCAGAGUCAAACCCUUGGUCUUCAAGCAAUGCAGACCCAGCAGCCUUUGUUUCCCAGACAAGGCCUGCAGCAGACCCAGCAGCAGCAGCAGACAGCCGCCCUGGUGCGGCAACUCCAGAAGCAGCUUUCCAGUAACCAGCCACAGCAAGGAGUGACUCCCUAUGGGCACCCAUCUCACUUCUGAAUUUGGAGGAGAACAAGACGUGAAGUUUUGUGUUUGCACUGAAAAAUAGAACAUCAGAUUUAAUGCAUCAAUCAUUUUUAAAAAAGUUCCUUAGUUAUUUCAUUUCUUUGAAGUUUUCCUAUAUUUUCCUGUACAUUACAUACAAAGGUUAAACUUUAAACAAAAAGCAGAGAAAGGGAUGUAGUAUGUUUUAUUUGCAUUUCACUUUCAAACAGGCUUUGAAAUGUGCAUCAUUUCUACUUACUCCAUGAAGAGUUUGAUAGCAGAUCUUUGAAUUUGGUGCUUUUUUUCUUUGAGUC